UAGAUGAAGGAACAGUAAAACAGAUGUAGCAAAUAAAUAAAUUUAAAAGAGUGGUGCUGCUAUUUUCAAUUUUCAUGACAUCCUGUUUCUCAUAGGCUCCCAGUAACAGCUUCUUAGACGCGGAGUAUAACCUCAUCAUGAUAAACAUCACCGCCACCGCCAAUUCAACCGCUCCACCGCCGUAUCCGGUGGCGCGUCCCCACAGCUCCGACACGUCGCCCCUCACCGCCAUACUUUGCCUGGUUGCUCUCAUCACAAUACCGAUGAUACUCUACGCUUUCUUUGUCGCAUUAAUGAAAUGCCCUAGAAACCCCUUCCGGUGGGCCCCCGCGACGCCUAGGGCGGAGGUCAGCUGUAAGGCGGACAGAUUAGAGCUAGUUUGCGGAGUUAAAUACAGAAAAGCAGCGGAAGACGGCCGGAAAGAGGCGGCGGAAAGCAGUGACCAGUGCCCCGUGUGCUUAUCGGCGUUUGCUGAAGGAGAGGAAAUACGGCAGCUGAGCGCGUGUAAGCACGCAUUCCACGCAGCCUGUGUUGAUAUGUGGUUGUACUCUCAUUCGAAUUGCCCCGUCUGCCGGGCCGCCGUUCCGGUUCGGCGGUCGAAACGGGUUUCGAUCCAUCGGGAAGAUGAUUUUCAGCAAGGUUUACCAGAUGCUGCUAAUUUGAUUUGAUUUAUAUAUAUAUAUAUUUAAAAAAGAAAAAAAAAAUUGUUCAAAGAUAGUUGAGUGCAAGUGUGUAAAUAUUUGUAUUUGUUUUUUAGAUUUUUUUUCCCCCUAAAUGAUAAUUAAGUACGUACGGUUACCCUUUCUUUUUAGUUGGAUGGGUAAGUACUAAGUUGGGUUGUUUUGCAUAGUAAUAUAUAAUAUUAUCAGUACGAAUUCCUCCUACAUGCAAUUAGCAUUGUAUUUCAUUUCAUACUUUUAUUACAUCGUGUCUAGAUUGAUGGAUUUUAAGGUAUUUCAAAUUUCUAAUAAUAAUUUUUGUGUAUUUGUUUGGGUCA